AAGAAAAAAAAAGGGAUCAGCCCACUUGGGAAGGAAAGUAGGCAGUGGGCCAAUUUUGAUCUUAAUUGGUCAGCCACUUUAUUUGGGCCUAGCUUGUGGUUUUUUUUUGGACUGAUUGGUUUGGAGUGGUGGGCUUGAUUUUCUGACGAAAAAAAAAUACCAAGAUCUGAAAUUAGUUGUACCGGGUAUCUCGUCUAGUUGUGUGAUAUGGCAGAAGACGGGAAGUUCCGAAUUGAGAAGUUUGAUGGUACAGAUUUCAGUUGGUGGAAGAUGCAAAUUGAAGAUUUGCUGGUUCAGAAAGAUUUGGACGUGGUAUUGGGUGACAAGCCAGAAAAGAUGUCGGAUGCAGAUUGGGCAAGUUUGGAUCGGAAAGCUAUGUCCGUGAUCCGUCUCUCAUUGACCAAGAAUGUUGCGUUCAACAUUCUGAAGGAGAAGACAGCGAAGGGAAUUAUGGACGCGCUGUCUAACAUGUAUGAGAAGCCAUCUGCAGCGAACAAAGUUUUUCUGAUAAGAGAGCUGUCUCGUGGGCAGAAUAAGGUUGUCUGUGCAAGAGAGAAACCUAGAGCCACUGGUCAGACUCAGGAUGAACGAGCGUGGAAAGGUUCAAGGGGGCCAGUCAGAGGUAUUUGUGGCAGUGGGAGCUCAAGAGGCGCUUCAGCCAAGUUGCCUAGAAGACAGUGGGUCAGGAGAACCACUACUAUUCCAGCUGUUGGAACAUCUCUAGAAAAUUUCUUGCUGAGUAUGGAGAGUGUUUGUUCUCAAGAUGUUCCAGGAUCCGGCAGUGUGCGUCUGCAGUGGGAGCCGGUAGGGACCGAGGACGAGUCAGGGGCAGAUUUUGCCGUGACUGAUGUGUUGGAGCUUGGGAGAGCUUCAACGGGCCUUUCAGUUGUCUGAUGUUAGGGCCGCUGCAAUAGGAGAGCUGAGGAAGAUUACUCGAUGUACAGGGAAUCGUGGUGGAUGGCAGUUGAUGGCUAUCAAG